GGCCAGGAGGCCACCCCGAGCUGUCUCGCCCACCAGAGCCAGCCAGCAAAAUAUGUUUCUCACCUGUUUUGCAGAGCAGACUGGUUCCUCCUGGACAGCCGGAUGGUUCGCCACACUGCCAUCGGCUUGUUCUGCUGUGGGGUCUCGGUCUAUCUAACAGCUCUUGCCAUCUACAUGCUGCUGCUGUUUGAACUCGAGGCUGGCAUUGCCAGUGCCUGCAUUCUCUCCUCUGGCAUCAUUGUCCUGUUGAUCACAGUGACGCAUGCACUGGUAAGGGCCUCCCAAGUUUCACGUCGCAGCCACUCUGAGGUCUCUCAUACUCUCUAUGAGAAUGACUCUGCCCGAUGUGGUGAAGCAUGUGUCAAUGACCCGAACAAUAAGAAUGUGGUUGCACCCCGGCCCCGGCCUGAGAUCCACCGAGAAUUUUCCUUCCCUCCUUUUCUGGAGCGCAAGUCCCAGAUGGACUCUGCAGCCAGCAGCAACCUCACCUCCUCAGGGAGCCCAGGGCCCCACUCCGAGAAGGAGAGCUACAACCUGCCCCGAACACACAGGACGCUCUCAGCUGAGUCAGGCCUGCUGCAGGCACAGGGCAAGCCCUGGAACAGCGUCACCCAGGAGAUGAGGAAUAUACUGUCACGGAAACCUGGAGCUGCGGGGAAGGAUUCAACUCUGGUGUGAGUGGAAGCAGGACCAUUUUGCCCCAGCUUAUCACAGGGCAGCUGUAGGCAGCAGGGCCAAGAUCUGCAUUUCUAUUUAGAGCUUAACAUAGGUCAUGCCAGAACCCACACGUUAAGGAGCAUCAUCAGACAGGGUGGAUGACUGCUUUUCCAUCCUCUGUCCUCCUGCAUGGAGGAAGAGGCUUUGGUUCUCUCCCCAAAGUCUGGCUACAUUAACCUGCCUGGUGAGCUCAGAGAGUGGGCAGAGCCACGGAGGACAAGUCUGUGCAGCUGCAGCCUGAUGCUCUUCACUCCUUUUACUGAGAGGAUACCAUCUCCACUGAAACCCAAAAGUGCUCAGCCCUCUGCCCUGAGCCCCCAGUCCCUCCUGCCAGAAAGCACAAGUACUAAAGGCAGUGCUUGUUUUUGUGAAACACAAGCAGGUUUAACUCACUCUGUUACUGCAGGCCUGCUCUGAGGUGACACUGCUGGUGACUCACAAUCCCAGUCUGGCAACAGUUCCUGGUCAUUCAGCAAUCUGUAAGCAUUUCAGGGAGUGAAGGGAGGCCGCUGAUCCAAACAGAUCCCCUCUAACCUCCUAAGUUACUACAUCUGUAACCCUGAACACAAUCCAUGGUUACAAAACAGUACUUUCGGGGGAACUGGGUCUAAUACCGCUUUGUUUCAUUUACUGAGCUUUGGAGAGCCCAGACUAAGCAUCUUUCUAUGAUUUCAAGGUCUCUUCUGCACUUUCCUCCACAGCCCAAGGAAAUCGCAUCCUUAAAUUCUUCAACAGAGCAGAGUUGUUGGUUCCAAGGAAAGAUUAACAUUGAAGUUACAUCCCUUUUAAAGUGAUCUCCAAAGCUAUGUGUAGAGCUUUGCUUCCACUGCUUGACAGGGGAUGAAGAAAGUCCACCUUUUUUUUUUUCCCCCCCUUCUCAGAAGAGCAGGACAGUUUCUUUUUCUCUUGAAAAGCUCUAAUAUGCAUGUCUUUGUUUUGCUCCCUGCCCUUUGAAACAUGCAGAAUCCCCCCCACCCAGCCCAAGCGAGUAAGAGGGGAAAGCUUUAGACAGGACUUUGUUUUUUCUUUUUAUUAUUGUUCUCA